AUGUCACAGAAUAAUGGUAAUAACAAGAACGAUAAUAAAGAAUUAAGGUAUAGAGGAUGGUUUUUUUGGAGGAACAAAAAUGAUGACAUAAUCGCUUCAAACACUAAUAAAAAUAAUAACAACAAUCUCAAUCUCAAUCACAAUCUCAAUCAUAACAAAAAUAUAAAUGACAAUAAUAAUAUUAUUAUUAAUAUAAAUAAUAUCAAUGAUAACAGUGUGAAUAUGGUAGAGAAUCAAAAUGACCCUUUCGAUAAAAAUACAAAAAUUAUACCUAAUACUUUUAUCCCGUACGAUUCAGAUCUAAACGUAUCCCAUACAAAUCGUUUAUCAAAAAAUACUGGAUCCACAAUUGAUGUCCCCAUGAAUCAACCUCCAAACAUCGUGAUACCAGAUUUUGAAUGUUUGCCAUCCAAAACUCUAUGGAGUUCAAUCAAACAAAUGUUUGGCAACAAUUCCAACCCACAGAAACAUAUAUACAGAACAACCUCAAAUGAAACUCUGCUCGACCUAUCCAAUGGACGCAAAAGACCAAUUAGAAUCUUGCUUGUUGGUGUCCACGGGUUCUUCCCUACUAAAAUGCUAAGAACUUUCAUUGGUGAACCAACUGGCACAUCAGAUAGGUUUAUUAAGGAAGCAGAGAAAGUCGUGGUAGACUACUUCAAUGAAAAGAAAAAAUUUGACAUACAGAUAAAUAAAAUAUCCCUGGAGAAAGAAGGCGAGAUUUUUGAAAGAGUGGACUUCUUCUUUGAGGUUAUGAAACAGUGGGCACACCAAAUUAAUGAAUCUGAUUUCAUAUAUUUCGUGACCCAUUCACAAGGUUGCCCCGUUACAAUCAUUUUGUUGGCUAAAUUGUUCGACGCUGGUAUACUUCGAUUGAACAGCACAAAAUUCUUUAAUGAUAUUGAAACUGGUCCAAACAUAACACCAAAUAAAAAAAUUGUGUCUAUCCUAGGUAUGGCAGGCAUCAAUAAUGGGCCCUUCUAUGGCAGAGACCAGACACUCCUAGUUAAAGCGUACACUACAAUAGCAAAGGAUGCAAUGAUGGAAUUGUUUGAAUUUCAAAAACCUGAUUCUAUUCAAUCAAAGAAAUUGAUACAAAGUCUAAAGACUUUAGUAGCAAAUAACGUCAAACUGACUUUUAUUGCAUCGAUCAAUGACCAAUUGGUACCUCUAUAUUCCUCGUUUUGUAUCUUUUUGAAACAUCCAAAUAUCUUUAGAGCUACUUUCAUUGAUAGAGCUUCUUUGACUCCAAACUUUAUUACAGGAAUAGUUAAUAUAGCUGGAACUUUAUUAAAUUUGGGGUAUGAUGACCAUAACAUCAUAAAAGAAAUUAGUCCCUCGUUAGCUGGUACUCUCACAGGUGGUGGACAUUCUACUAUCUAUAAUGAGUACCAAGUAUACCUCCUGGGAUUGAAGUUUGCAUUGGAGACUACUGACACUUAUGAAGAUGUGCCCGCUAAAUAUAUUCCUUAUAAAGCUGAUGAUCUGAAAACAAACCCUUAUAGACUUCCCUGGACAAUGAGAGGGCUUCUACAUCAAGCAAGAAAGAGUCUUGGUGAUGAAAGUGUGCAGAGUCUUUACAAAGAAUACCAAGAUUGGAGGCCUAAGACCGCUGUGUUAAAGGAUAUUAAAUAUAGAUUAAAUGGACUCAAGUACCAAUUGUAA